AUGGAUUCCAAUGAUUCAUCUGGAUCUUCAUCUGGAUCGUCUAACGGUCACGACGAUUACGAAGAUCGUGUCCAUAAUGUGAUUCUUCGAGCUGCCCAACUAGUUCAAAGGCGGCUUAUUGACCAACCUGCCCCAAUCAUUCACCAAAGGGUACCAGUUGACCGUAAUCGUAUUGAAGCACAUGCGCGUUUGAUGCAUGACUACUUUGAUGAUCAACUGCGAUACAACGCGAGACUUUUCAGAAAAAGGUUUCGUAUGACAAAACCUUUAUUUAUGCGGAUAGUUGGUGAUUUGGAGGCUAGGUACCCAUAUUUUCAGACGAGAUAUGACCGGGCUGGGAGAAGAGGGUUCGCCGAGGUACAGAAGUGUACAUCUGCAAUUCGCCAAUUGGCAUACGGCGUGAAUAGUGAUUUCCUUAAUGAGUAUUUGCAGAUGUCUAAGCGAACUUCAAAGGAAGCGUGUCUAAAAUUUUGUAUCGUUCCGUUUUCGGCAAACGGAAACCAUUACGCGAAGGGCUACUAUUUAGGCGACGGCAUCUAUCCUGAAUAUGCUACAUUUGUGAAGACGUUUUUUGACCCGAUUGAUGAAAAAAGAAGGCUUUUUAAGAAAAAACAAAAGUCGACACGAAAGGGUAUUGAGCGGGCUUUCGGAGUGCUUAAAAAACGAUGGAAGGCUCUAAAACAUCCGGCGCUAUAUUGGGACAAAAAAUCCAUUCAGGAUUUUUGUUAUGCUUGUAUCAUAUUACAUAAUAUGAUUCUGAAAGACGAAGGCAAAGCCGUGUGCCAAGACUACAACGCUCAAGAACCGAGCCUAAAUCCCGAUUAUUGGAGUCACCAAACUCCAAUGGAAGUUCGGAUCCAAAAUCUGCAUACCAUCAAAAACCGAGAAACCCACAACAUGCUAACGGCAUAUUUGGUUGACCAUCUUUGGGCGAACACACCACAUGACUUCGAGCCUCCAGCUGAUCCCUUCGUGCCUCCAGCUGAUCCCUUCGUCGAUCUUCGAGAUUAUGUUAGCACCGACGAUGACGACUCAGCUUAG